AUGUGCAGACCUAAGAGACAACGGGGCCGCCUGCAGGCCACGGACGCCAUGGGUGAAAACCAGGACGUGGAGGCCUUGCAGUUCCCGAGCCUCGGGAGGAGCCACGUGGAUGCCCCUACUCCUAGGGUCCCCAAGGAGCCUCACGAGCACAGGCUGAGUGCGGCCACCAGCUGCCUGUCCCCUGGGGCAGUGUCCUCCAGAGACCACAUCCAAGGGCCCCUGAGUCCCGAACCUUGGCCGCGGAUCCUGGAGAAUGAACGCGACUCUGGAAAAUGUACUCAAGCCAGGCUCACCCUGAAAUUAGUGGCUUCCCUCCCCUGCCCAACACUUCCUGCCGUCACCUCCCCAGGGCCCUGCCUCACAGGAAGUCCCUGCCGCAUAAAUGGCCAGUACUGGGUCCCUCAGGCUGACCUCAGGUCCCCAUGGAGCUGGGCUCCCGAGCGGAGCCCACUUCACCCCAGCUCUGCAGACACCGAGGUCCCGGAUGCACAGUGCAGGCCACGCUGGAACACCAACCCCCAGACUCAGGCUUGGGGACGGCCUUCGUCUGCACUCAGUGCUUCCCGCAGCCUCUGGGGCUUGUGCGGGGCUGGAGCCCUCCUGGCCGGCAGCCUGGGCCCUCCCCGGCCCCCAGCCGGCAGCAGGCCCCGGCAGCCCCAGGUGCUGCUGGCGGGAGCCCACGUGUGCUCCCUGCACCCUUACAGAGCUGAGCUCCAUCUCGAGCUUCUGCCCGAGAAGCAUCCCGCGUGCACUCAGCUCUGCUCCGCGGUGUCCCAGUCACCAGUCCAAGACGAGCGCUAG